AUGGCAGCAGCUUCGAAUGGUGGAGUUCCACCGGGGUUUCGGUUUCAUCCUACAGAUGAAGAGCUACUUCACUACUAUCUUAAGAAGAAGAUUUCCUUUGAGAAGUUUGAUUUGGAGGUGAUUAGAGAGGUGGAUUUGAAUAAGAUGGAGCCAUGGGACCUGCAAGAGAGGUGCAGGAUAGGAUCUGCUCCACAGAAUGAGUGGUACUUCUUCAGUCACAAGGACAGGAAAUACCCAACUGGUUCAAGGACGAAUAGAGCAACAAGUGCAGGGUUUUGGAAGGCAACCGGGAGAGAUAAAUGCAUCAGGACCAGCUACAAGAAAAUUGGUAUGAGGAAAACCCUAGUCUUCUACAGAGGGAGAGCUCCUCAUGGCCAAAAGACAGAUUGGAUCAUGCAUGAGUACCGGCUGGAAGACACUGAUGAUCCUCAAGGCAACCCCAAUGAGGAUGGCUGGGUAGUUUGCCGAGUUUUCAAGAAGAAGCAUUUUUUCAAGGUUGAGAAUGAAGGUGGUGGUGGUAGCCUCAGCUCAUCAGAUCAUCACCAACUCAACAACACAUUGAGCUCCAACCAGCCUUGCACUCUAACUCUCAGAAACACUGAAUACCUCUACAAGCCCAACCUUGCCCUUCACUACUCCCAUAUCCCAGCCCCUCCUUACUCCAACAUGCAUCCUCAACCCAUUCUCCAUGACUUCUCCACUCUUCUUCCUUCAGACACCACCAACCACCCAUCGAUGGUCAUCAAAAACCUCUUGUCAAACCAGAGAGAUUGCGACAGCAGCGGCGGCAGCGAGAGUAUCACCGGACAAGUACAUUAUCAACCUCAUCAUCAAGCCUGUGAAGGAGGACUAGAGGUUGGGACAUGUGAACCAACUCAACCACACAUGAUGGGAGGAAGAGAGGAGGGCCUCAAUGAAUGGGUCAUGCUAGUAAAUUCCCAUCUUGGUCAGGAGGAUUCAUCUAAAGGGGUGAGGUAUGAGGAUGCAAAUCAUUUAUCAGUACACCAAAUUAAUCAGCUUUCACUCCGUGGAGAGAUGGACUUUUGGGGCUAUGGGAAGUAGAAAUAAUGGAAUUUUUGGAUGUAAAUUAAUCCAAAAGUAUUUCUUCAAAUUUAUCAAGAAUUUGUUGAGCUAAUAUUUAUUCUUAAAUGUUACUGAAAUAUUGUUGGUGGGGAAAGAAGUAAAACUUAAGUGAGUUUAAGCUUCU